GACUAGGAAACUGCUGUAUGUUCCACCCUCUUGAAGCCAUCUUAUUUGCGGUUUGACCUCCCUGCACAAGGGAUUCUGGGGGUUGUUGUUCCCAAACGGAUCGAGAGGCUGACACCUGAAGGACGCGGCUUAACCGCUUAGCCUCUGGCCGGUCCUGCAGGGCUUACCGACGUCACCUGGGCAGAAGGUGGAAGACGAGGGGUAAUCGGGAGCAUUUUGCUGGCAAUUGGUCCGAGGCCACAGUCGAACGCCAACUCUGAGUAGAACCUGUGCCCUUCCGCCGCCAACCUCAAAAAGCCGUUUUUGCUCCCAGAUGUUGUUGAGAACCGCUCGGCGGUCAGCUCUGAGCUAGGCGCAGUGAGAGCGCUUAAUAAGACGGUGUCUCGGCCGGGAAUCUACAGGCAGGACUCAAACCGAGAAACUUAAACGUUGUGUUCAGGGCAGAUUCUAGGGUACCAGCAGAUCCAAGCCGUUGGCUGUGACCCCAAACUGGGGCUGGCUCGUCUGCCGACAGUGACCCUCAGUUCUUCCACGUUUGCUGAUGCUGUGGGUGGGCCUUACCUUCACAUAACCCCUCACACAAGAACCCAAGACUGAUCUGUUGUUAUUUCUUUUUCACUCAAGAUUCCCUCCUUCCUUGAUGCUGAUUUUUACCCUGAUACCGCCUGAGUGCCAAAGUCCACUUGGCGGACAAUGUGAUUUUCAUCUGCCAAAUGCAGAAGACUUGGAAGGCCAGUUACUACCCUUCUACAUCCCUAGAUUUCCUGAUGGACGGUGCUUAAGGUCACUCGGGAGAUGAAUCUGAGGGAGAACACAACAGGAGGCAGUUUCAGCAGGAGUCUGCUACAGGAAUCCAGAGGAACUUCUGCUUGGGUGACUGAACUCUGAUCCUGAUCUAGAGUCACGGCCAUGGCAUCCAAAGGAGGCACCGUCAAAGCUGCUUCAGGAUUCAGUGCCACCGAAGAUGCCCAAACCCUGAGGAAGGCCAUGAAGGGGCUUGGCACCGACGAAGAUGCCAUCAUCAGCGUCCUUGCCUACCGCAGCACGGCCCAGCGCCAGGAAAUCAGGACGGCCUAUAAGACCACCAUCGGCAGGGACCUGAUAGACGACUUGAAGUCGGAACUGAGUGGCAACUUUGAGCGGGUGAUCGUGGGAAUGAUGACGCCCACCGUGCUGUAUGAUGUGCAGGAGCUGCGACGGGCCAUGAAGGGAGCUGGCACGGAUGAGGGCUGCCUGAUUGAGAUCCUGGCCUCCCGAACACCUGAGGAGAUCCGACGUAUAAACCAGACCUACCAGCUUCAAUAUGGGAAGAGCCUUGAAGAUGACAUUCGCUCUGACACUUCAUUCAUGUUCCAGAGGGUGCUGGUGUCUCUGUCCGCUGGUGGCAGGGAUGAAGGAAAUUAUCUGGAUGAUGCUCUCAUGAGACAGGAUGCUCAGGACCUGUAUGAGGCUGGAGAGAAGAAAUGGGGGACAGAUGAAGUGAAAUUUCUAACUGUUCUCUGUUCCCGGAACCGCAAUCAUCUGUUGCAUGUGUUUGAUGAAUACAAAAGGAUAUCACAGAAGGAUAUUGAGCAGAGUAUUAAAUCUGAAACAUCUGGUAGCUUUGAAGAUGCUCUGCUGGCCAUAGUAAAGUGCAUGAGGAACAAAUCUGCAUAUUUUGCUGAAAGGCUUUAUAAAUCUAUGAAGGGCUUGGGCACCGAUGAUGACACCCUUAUCAGAGUUAUGGUUUCUCGAGCAGAGAUUGAUAUGAUGGACAUCCGGGAAAACUUCAAGAGGCUUUAUGGGAAGUCUCUGUAUUCCUUCAUCAAGGGUGACACAUCUGGAGACUACAGGAAAGUACUGCUCAUUCUCUGUGGAGGAGACGAUUAAAAUAAAAUCCAGGAAGGAUAGGAGGAUUCCCAACACUUUGAAUUUUUUUUUCACUUCAUUUUUCCACACUGCUAUUAGUAUUAUCUCAGAAUGCUUAUUUCCAAUUAAAACGCCUACAGAUGCUCCUUAGGAUAUAGACUGUAUUAUUAUUCAUCUAUAAUUACUCAUUAUGAUGCUUUAAAGCUGUACUUGCAUUUCAAAGCUUAUACAACUUGAAAGGAGAUUUUAAAUUAGAAAUAAAAAUGUACUCCAUGGUUUUAACAGAUUUCUUCCUUGUUUGUGUUUCACAGAAAUUGGAAUGUAUUAAAUUUAUUUCAUGGUUUUGCUUCUUUAAAGCAGAAGACUCAAAGACUGCUGUAAAAUCACUUUGCUUCCCUAAUUCUGUUUUCAAAGUGGCUAGUAAUUUCUUUAUUUGAAAUUGUGAGCAUGUAGUUCUUAAGAAUAUCAGUUCGAUUAGCUGUUUUACAUGGUCAUACUUUGAAAACAUCCACUAAUCUCCUUUGUUUAGAUUUUGUCUAUACUGUUAGUUGAUCUCUACAAAAGUUUGCAUGGGAGACUUCCUUUCUCACAUCUUACAUUAAGAUUACUUACUCUCUCCAGGUUGAAGUAUACCAAAAUCACCAACUCGUCUGAGCAAAUUAAAUUCUAAGUGUGGUUAUACAGGUCAUAUAUGUCUGGUUAGCAAACAUAAAUGCUGAACAUUCCACAAUAUUAUGGUUAAUGUCUUAAUCCAGCUGGAAGAUGAAUGGAAAAAAACUAAGUGUCCAACCAGGUAUUAUACUGAUGAUGGUGUAAUGUUCUGAAUUUACUUUUAUUUACAGGAAUUUUUUUGUGCUAAAAGUAAUUUUUUAAAUAUUUUUCAAUUUUGUUGAUUUGUAGUAAUUUACAUUUGCACUGUGCCUUUCAACUCUAGAAUUAUUCUGAAGUUGUACUUGAUUUUAUUCAAAGGUUCAGUUUAUAUACGACAUGGAAAAAUAAUUUUAAUAAAACAUGGUGUCUUUAAAAUGUC